AUGGCCAGUAACAGAGGCGCAUGUGCUCCACACGGGGUCGCAACCUGCGUAUUCCUCGUCGGCGCCGUUGCCACCGUCGUCUACACCAGCUCCUCUCUAUCAACAGCGGUCCUCGCCGUCUCCGGCCUACCUCCAUACAUCGUGUCAGUUACCACCAACGGCAGCGGCGACAUCAAUGUCGGCGGGCCUCUCGAGACCAGCCUCCACACGUGCCACAAGCCAAAGCUGCCGCCAAACCCGCUCCCGCCUUUCUACUGCUGCCCUCCGGCGCCUGCGUCGUCGUCCGAGCCAAUCAACUUCACUCUACCGGACCCGGCGGAGCCGCUCAGGGUCCGCCGGCCGGUGCAUACCGUGGGGGCGGAGUACAUGGCCAAGUACGAGCGCGCCAUCGCGCUGAUGAAGGCGCUGCCGCACACCGACCCCCGCAGCUUCUACCAGAUGGCCAACAUCCACUGCGCCUACUGCACCGGAUCCUACCGCCAAACGGGGAACCAGGAGCUCGACAUGCAGAUCCACUUGUCGUGGUUCUUCUUCCCGUUCCACCGUGCCUACCUCUACUUCUUCGAGCGCAUCGCGGCAAAGCUGCUCGGUGAGCCCGACUUCGCACUGCCCUUCUGGAGCUGGGACGUGCCAGACGGGAUGCGGAUGCCGCCCGAGUUCGCCAACUCCUCGUCGUCGCUCUACGACCCCGUUCGGAACCCGACGCACGCGCCACCCAGGGUCGUGGACCUGGGCUUCGUCGGCGUGGAGAGCAACCGCACCGAUGAUCAGCAGAUCCAGUACAACCUUAGGACCAUGUACAAGCAGAUGAUUAGCAAUGCAGCUUUGCCGUCCCUCUUCCAUGGCCAACCCUUCCGUGCUGGGCAGUCUGACAAGCCAGGCCCUGGGGCAGUGGAGCUUUCCCCACACAACACGGUGCACACCUGGACCGGCGACAUAGCUCUCACCAACGUGGAGGACAUGGGAACCUACUACUCGGCCGGCCGAGACCCACUCUUCUACCCGCAUCACAGCAAUAUGGACCGCCUGUGGGAGGCAUGGCGAGAAGUCGGCGCUGCCCGUGGUUACCGUGGCCAUGUCGACUUCACGGACCCUGACUGGCUUGACUCCUCCUUCCUCUUCUACGACGAGGACUGCCGCUUAGUAAGGAUCACCGUUCGCCACGUGCUCGACACAGAGAAGCUCCGAUACAAAUUUGACGGCGUUGGCAUGCCGUGGGUGGACGCACGCCCACCUACAACUCCAAACUUGAGCAAAAACAAAGCCUUGCUCAAGUCCGUCAGAUUCCCACUAUCCCUUCACAAUGUUCUGACCGUGGAGGUAAGAUGGCCACACGUGCUCCGAAGAACGCAAGAAAAGGAGGCACGUGAGGAAGUGCUUGUGAUCCAAGGCAUUGAGGCCGAUGGAACAGAAAUGGUCAAGUUCGACGUCUACAUGAACGCCAUUGAGUAUGAGAAGGUGGAGCCCAGCGGGCGUGAACUAGCGGGGAGCUACGUGUGCUUGAGUCAUCCACGUAUGGAUGGCACGGGGAAGGGGAUGAUUGUAGAAACAAGCAUGAGGGUGGCGUUGAACCAGCUCUUGGAAGAUUUGGAUGCAGACGGUGAUGAGACUGUCACCGUGACAUUGGUGCCCAGACAUGGAAAAGCUAAGAUCGGAAGCCUGAGAAUAGCGUAUAUGGUGGAUUGA